AUGAUGGCCAUGUCAAAAUCUUGUAUGCGUUUGCAUUUUCUCUUGCUGCUCCUACUCUGUUGUGUCGUUCCUUCAAGCUUUGCCUUCAAUUCUAAAAGUCCUGUUGUUGGUCUUGUUGCUUGCCGUCCUCACCAGACUGAAGCCUUUACGCAGUUCAAGAACGAAUUUAAUACCCGCCAUUGCAACCACAGUGACAACUUCAAUGGAGUGUGGUGCCAUAACUCGACAGGUGCCGUCACAAAGCUGAAACUCAGUGCCUGUCUCAGUGGAGCUUUGAUGCCCAACAGUAGCCUCUUCAAGUUCCAUCAUCUUCGUUUCCUUAAUCUCUCUGGAAACAACUUCAUCUCCUCUUCACUUCCUUCUGAAUUCGGCAAUCUAAACAAGUUAUAG